AGCAAAUCAGAGACUAGGUAAUAUAUUGAUUGUAUCGUUCAGUGUGUUCAGGGGGCAGUGUGGAAUACAUUGUAAGUGGAUUUUGAUCAACAGUUACCUAGGCCUAUCUACAUUUCUAAAAGAAGAAGACUUCAAACGGAAUGACUUAAGACCAGUAAUUUGUGAAUCUCAUACCAUUCAAUUAUGUCAAGACCCAGGAAAAACACUGUACACUGGUUCCGAAAAGGCCUCCGACUACACGACAAUCCGGCAUUGCGAGAAGGCAUACAAGAUUCCUUUUCUUACCGAUGUAUUUAUAUACUUGAUCCUUGGUUUGCUGGGGCUUCGCAAGUUGGGAUUAACAAGUGGAGGUUCUUGUUGGAGUGCUUGGAAGACCUUGACAAGAGUCUACGGCAAUUGGGAUCCCGUCUUUUUGUGAUCCGGGGUCAACCCACAGAAGUCUUUCCUAAAGUUUUCAAAGAAUGGAACAUUACUCAUUUAUCAUUCGAAGAAGAUCCAGAGCCAUUUGGAAAAGAUCGCGAUGCUUCCAUAUGUUCCCUUGCUACCGAUUGUGGGGUCAAGACUAUCAUCCGCACCUCGCACACACUGUACAAACUCGAGGACGUUAUCAAGAUGAACAAUAGUACACACCCACUCACGUACAAGCGGUUUCUGUCGGUGCUGGCCCAGAUGAAGCCACCCCCGAUGCCCGAGGAGACCAUUAAGCCGGACCUGAUUGGUCAUUCAGUCACCCCUGUCACUCUGGACCAUGAUGAGAAGUAUGGUGUACUUAAACUGGAAGAACUAGGGUUUGACAUUGAUGGUGUUCACCCCGUGAUAUUCCGAGGCGGAGAGUCAGAAGCCCUCACCAGACUGUACCGCCACCUGGAGAGGAAGGCAUGGGUAGCAAGUUUUGAGAAGCCAAAAAUGAGUCCGCAGUCGCUAUUUCCCAGUCAGACGGGACUGAGUCCAUACUUGAGGUUCGGCUGUCUCUCACCGAGACUCUUCUACUGGAAACUCAGGGAAUUGUACAAAAAGGUGAAGAAAGGUAAUGAACCACCUCUAGCUCUCCACGGCCAGUUGCUGUGGAGAGAAUUCUUCUACACUGUGGCCACAAAUAACCCUAACUUCGACACGAUGAUAGGAAACCCUAUGUGUGUGCAGAUUCCAUGGGACCGCAACCCAGAGGCACUGGCCAAGUGGGCCGAGGGUCAGACAGGCUUCCCCUGGAUCGACGCCAUCAUGGUGCAGCUGCGACAGGAAGGCUGGAUACACCACCUGGCCCGCCACUCCGUCGCAUGCUUCCUCACCCGGGGGGACCUGUGGAUCUCCUGGGAGGAGGGGAUGAAGGUGUUUGACGAGCUGCUGCUGGAUGCCGACUGGAGCGUCAACGCCGGCACCUGGAUGUGGUUGUCCUGUAGCUCCUUCUUCCAACAGUUUUUCCAUUGUUAUUGUCCGGUGGGGUUUGGCAAGAGGGCGGACCCCUCAGGAAACUUUGUCAGGCACUACCUACCUGUGUUAAAAGCAUUUCCAACAAAAUACAUCUAUGAACCUUGGUUAGCUCCCGAGUCAGUACAGAAAGCAGCGAGGUGCAUUGUGGGUAAAGAUUACCCAUUACCGAUUGUGAACCAUGCAGUUGUGAGUCGGACCAAUCUGGAGAGGAUACGACAAGUGUUCAAGAGGUUGACAGUCAAAGCUAAUCUGUCCAUUCCAAGAGACCUUGGGUCCCCUAUUUUCAAGUAUACAAAAGGCCUGACAGACGUGGAUGUUGAAGCAUCUCAGGCGGGGAUAAAGGCCCACCCACACACAGAGGAAGGCACUGCCCACUGAUGGACAAGGCUUCAGCUGUGGUUGCAGUUCCUCCUGGGAUCCAGCAGAAUAGUUGCCAAGAUUUUGGAACUAUGCCAGAACAUUCUCACAACCCGGUUUUGUGACAGAACAUUCUUACAUUCAAGGACUGUGACAGAACAGUCUCACAACCUUGAUGUGUGCCAGAACAUUCUCACAACCUGGAUGUGUGCCAGAAUAUUCUUACAUCCACAGACUGUGCCAGAACAUUCUCACAACCCAGAUGUGUGCCAGAUCAUUCUUACAUCCACAGACUGUGCCAGAACAUUCUCACAACCCGGAUGUGUGCCAGAUCAUUCUUACAUCCACAGACUGUGCCAGAACAUUCUCACAACCCGGAUGUGUGCCAGAACAUUCUCACAACCCGGAUGUGCGCCAGAACAUUCUUACAUCCACAGACUGUGCCAGAACAUUCUCACAACCUGGAUGUGUGCCAGAACAUUCUUACAUCCAAGGACUGUGGCAGAACAUUCUUACAUCCACAGACUGUGCCAGAACAUUCUCACAACCUGGAUGUGUUCCAGAACAUUCUCAUAACCCGGAUGUGUGCCAGAACAUUCUUACAUCCACAGACUGUGCCAGAACAUUCUCACAACCCGGAUGUGUGCCAGAACAUUCUCACAACCUGGAUGUGUGCCAGAACAUUCUUACAUCCACAGACUGUGCCAGUACAUUCUCACAACCCGGAUGUGUGCCAGAACAUUCUUACAUCCAAGGACUGUGCCAGAGCAUUCUUACAUCCAAGACCUGUGCCAGAACAUUCUCAACAUUCGGAAGUAGGAUGUGAACACUUUCACCUCUCGAGCUGUGAUGGAACACUCUCACAUUGAAUAACUGUGAACAACAUCCACACCUCUCAGAAUUAUUCUGUAACAUUCUCACAUCCCAGAACUGUGGUUGAAUCUUCUCACAUCCCAGAAUUGUGCUAAAACAGUCUCACAUCUCGGAAUUGUGCUGAAACAUUCUCACAUCUCGGAAUUGUAGUGGAACAUUCUCAUAUCCCAGAUCUGUGAUGGAACAUUCUCACAUCCCAGAACCGUGUUGGCACUUUUCUGAACCAGAACAGGAACUUAUCCGAUCUCAGAACUGUUGCGAAGAAUUUGAUCACAUCUCUGAUAAGAGCCAAUGCAUACCACAUUUCAGACAAGGGACAGAAUGUUUCACAUCUAAGCUGUUUUGCCAGAACAUAUAUUUGUGCUUGUAUGUUCCCCUGUUAGUCCCAGAACUCUUUCACAUUUCAGAACAAUGACCAAGAUGACUGGCAACGCAUUUCACCUCAUACCCAGACUGCCAGAACAUUGUGUGACAUUUUUAAAGCUGGGAGCAUCAUUGGACAGAAGAAGAGUUUAUGUGCGCUGCUUCACACAGGUGUUGCACAAUGAAUAAAAUGUAACAGGAAAUGGGUGUGUGGUAAAAUACGAUACAGUCCCAAGACCAAUCUCGCUGCAUACUCUUUUGCAUUUUUAUUUUGAUCCCCAAUCAGUUAGUUUUGAAGGAAACUGUUCACAGCUUGCAAUAUCCAUCUGCAGCUUAAACUGUAUUGACAGCUCCAGUUGUCUCCCUUUGGCAUGUAUGAGUUAUAUGGCCUUGUGGGUUGGAAUGGAGUUGUCUCAAAGUGCACUAAACUGUUAUGAACCCUGCGGCCAUAUGUUGCACUGCUCCUGGUGUUUCCAUGACAACUGUUCCAAAUCGUGUGACAGACUUAACAGAACUGUAACAUGCAUAAUCAUCUUCCAUAAUCACACUCAAGAUAUGAUAGAUACUCUGGGGUUACGUAUCAAUGAUGUCAUAAUUCUAACAAUGGCCAUUAAGCAUAAAUACUGCCAUUACAGGAUUGUUAUUUAUUAUUGUACAAUAAUCAGUCAAAUCAAAUUCAACGAGGUCAAAGGUCACAAAACUAUGGCAAACAUUGUCCUUGAACUCAUUUCCAGACGACAGCCAACAAUGCAAUGAGAAACUUCGGUCACAUCUCACUGGUCAACAAAUGACUUCAGGUCAAGCUCAAUUGGCAAAUGAAAAAUGUCACUAAUCAGCCUCAUGCUGUGCCUUAAGACGACUUCAAGACGACAUCUUCAACAAAUACUGAUUGUAAAAAAAACUUCCAGUUUAGUGGAGAUAUCUGUACCAGAGACCGUAUACCGAUAUCGGUAAUAUGGUCUCUGUCUGUACUUACAGAUUAGUCAUGCAAAUACUGAAUACACAAAUAUCAAUAUGAAUUUUAUGAUCAAAUAGGUAAAUGAAUGUCAAGGCAUAUACAUUGUUAUCACAAUAAGACAACUAUAAAAAAUAUUGACUCGUGAAGUUGUGACUAUUAGUCUGUGGGAAAUUAGCAUGUAACUCCCCUGUGGCAGCCAUGUUGAAAUGAAGGGUAGACAAUUAUUGUAUAUUCUUACCAAUGUUGAUAUGUUUACAUAUGUAUAUUAAUUGUCUUGCUUCAGUGUGAAAACUUGAUCACGUGUGAAGUAUGUGAUACCUGUAGCAUUAUUUGUUUGUAAAGGUACGUUUAUUGUAGAUAUGCCAUAUUCCUUGUUUAUUAUUAUGUUGUGUGGAAAGUAGUUUGUGUUAAUGUACUUAACCAAACUCCUUACUAACAGUAAGAAAAAGGAGGACACUGUGUCAUACUCGGUGAUAUGUUCGUAAAUCAGCUGAACACUUCGCACCUUAUAAGGUAUGUCGCUAAGCCCGUAGUCAUUCUACUUUUAAGAACUACGCAAGAUGCUAGAGGGGAAGGUGUUCAGCGCUUCCUUCUGUACAUCAAGUCGCUCAUCAAAAGUGCCUGAGUAAACGUCCACUUAUCCUGCAUUUACUUGGGACCUACUUUUUUUUAGGGUUAAGUGAUAAGUAUUUAGUGUAUGGUGAAACCGAAGUCUAGAAAUGACCUUGUAUCUGAGAUAGAAUUAGCUUGUGUCUGUCGCCAUUCAUCUGGCCUUAGGGGGCACAGGUGGCUCAGUCGUCUAAGGUGUCGCGAUUCGCUGUGCAGAGUUGCGUCCCUUGGGCACACCGGACACCUAUGAUUGUGGCUUCGAAUCCCACUUCGCCCCGAUUAUUGUUUCUAGGUUUGUCAGCACCAUACCCGUGCUUGUGGGUUUCACCGAAGUGGUAAACGUCCGACACCUGCAUCACUUUGGGCUUUCUACAAGCCUCAGGCCAAUGGGUGAGCUUUUAUUUCCGUCCCUGAUAUAAGACUUGCAUACUGUGUUCAUUCAUGAUAUACUACUCCACUUUUUAUAUUUUUCCAUGAGGCACGAAAAUGAUGAUCAUAAUAUGUCAAGUGUAAUAUUUAAAUAUACUACUCAAAAGAAGUUAAGGAUCACCCGAUUCUUUCAUAAUGGUAAAGUAAAUCUGUCAUGACAUGAGAGAUUAACUAUAGUAAUAUGAAAGAAUCAGGUGAUCCUUAUCUUCUUUUGAGUAGUAUAGAAUGGCAUGUCUGAUUAUCCCUAUCGAAUAUUGAGUAGGAGACAGUGCAAACUAAGAUAUAAUUAUGAGUAUUGUAUUAACAAAUACAGAUAAGUAUACACAGCAUUACACAGAACUAAACAAGUUACAUUGUGCAUGUGUUGGACUUUGACCAUUAUGCUGUUUCGCUUUGUCUUGUUUGAAAAGUUCAAUCAUCAUAUUGACACUUAUCAUGUAUUACGUCUUUUAUCGAGCAUAUGUUGCCUGAUACUUUGUACCAUUCCUACAUGCAUUUAUAUAUCAUUCUUACCAUGGUGGAUCAUGAAUUGCAUAUGUACACAUUUUGGUUGGUUUGUUGUUAAUGCCGCACUCAGCAAUAUUCCAGCUAUAUGAUGGCGGUCUGUAAAUAAUCGAUUCUGGACCAGACAAUCCAGUAUUUGACAUCAUGAGCAUCGAUCCACGCAAUUGGGAUACAAUGGCAUGCAUCAACCAAGUCAGCGAGCCUGACCACCCAAUUCCACUAGUCACCCUUUGCAGCAAGCAUGAGUUGCUGAAGACCUAUAAAACCCUAAAUAUUUGCAGAAUAUUUUUCUCAGAACCAUAAUUAUUAUAUUCCUGAUGGAGAAAGUGGCCAUUGUCUUCCUUUGUCUUUAUAUUUAAUUUUUGUAGUGAGUUACUCAGCAAACUUUGACUACCAAUGACAGACAUUGCAGGAAUGAAAGAUAAACUGUCGCAUAUGUAAGCAAGUGAAAGUUGAAACUCAUAAGGCCAGCUAGUCCCCCUGGCCAACAGUAUUUUAGACUUUUUUACGCACUGGAUGUCAAGUCGCUAAUGAAUAAUGUGCCUUGUGAAACGACCUUCAGUAUCCAGUGUUUCAGUAUACAAAUGUACAGAAACAAAAUUAUGAUCCUCACCCCUAAUGCUUGUCAUAUUUUUGGAUGACCCUUCCUGAAACGUCAAAAUGGAAAAGAACUUAUUAUGAGAACUCCCCAUGAGACAUAUUUGAGUCAUAUUUUUUAGUUUACUACCCCCUCCCCUCUGACCCGCCCCCCACCCCUCUGACCCACCCCCUCCUAUUAUGAAUGACCAGUCCCUUGGGUGGACCAGAUAGUAGGAUUGUGGAUUCCAAUCCCAGUGUUGCCCCAAUUGUUUCUGGGUUUGCCAACAUCUUCGUGCAUUUGGGGUAUGACAAGUAGACGUUGAAAACACUGUGCAUUCAUCACACAUAGAGCAACUCGCCAUGAUGUAACUAAAGUCAUGUAAAUUCGUGGUCAUGCCUUAACAAUGACGUAAUUAGGCAGACAAGGACCAACAAGGAGACCUGAGUUGCCAUAGUGACCAAGUGUGUAAUCAUCUGUAUUCCUGUUUUUUUUUGUACAAAUACUCUCUAAUAUAUUGUGGCCAAUAGAUCUAUUUUUGUACAGAAAUUCCUAACGUAAGACUGUUGGAUAUUGAUGCAUAACAUGAGAGCUCUUCUGUAAUUGUCAUUGAUUGUACCUGUUGUUAUUUUGGUGAUAAUAAAAUUGUUAAGUGGUA